UAAAGACAAAGGUUUGUUUGUGCCGCCGCGCCAGUGCUGUUUUGAAUUGCGGCUAGUGUUUGUGAUUAUUAUUUCGUUUGCUAUCGUCGUGUUGAUCGUUGCGCUAGUGGUUUUAUAGAGUAAAUAUGGUGGAUCAUAAUCAAAACAAUCUGUUGACGUUAAAAUUGCUGGAGCUUAUAAAGAAAACCGGCUACCCCAUAGUACAACAUAAUGGGCAGCGAAGGACUGGACCACCCCCUGAUUGGACCGGACCGCCGCCUCAAAAAGGCUGCGAAGUAUUCAUCGGGAAGCUGCCUCGGGACAUUUUUGAAGAUGAGCUCUUCAAUCUCUUCUCGACUGUUGGUAAAAUCUAUGAAAUGCGCCUGAUGAUGGACUUCUCUGGUUCCAACCGUGGCUACGCGUUUGUUACAUACGCGAUGCGAGACCAGGCCGCCGCCGCGGUCAAACAGCUCAAUGGGUACGAGAUAAAACCCCAAAGGUACAUCGGCGUCGUCAAAUCCGUGGACAACAGUAGACUUUUCAUUGGUAAAAUACCGAAAAACAAGACCAAGGAAGACUUGUUGGAGGAGCUCUCUAAAUACGUAAAAGACAUAGUGAAUGUGAUUAUGUAUAGGCAUAGCUUCGAUCGUAAUUUGAAUCGCGGGUUUGCUUUCGUGGAGUUCAAGUCUCAUAAAGCCGCGGCGUUGGCGCGACGAGAGUUGGUGCCGGGAUGCACAAAAUUGUGGGACCAGGAGAUUUCUGUGGACUGGGCAGAACCUGAGCCCGAAAUUGAUGACGAGAAAAUGAAGAAGGUGAAAGUCCUAUAUGCGAGAAAUUUCGCAAUAUGGACAACUCCAGAUGUCAUUAAAAAGAUGUUUGAAGACGCAAUAGCUCACAAAAUUGAGCGUGUCAAAAAAAUUUAUGACUAUGCUUUUAUACAUUUCUUUGAUCGGAAACACGCCGAAGUAGCAAUGGCAAAGUUGCAAAAUGCAGUAAUUGACGGAAGUAAUAUUGAAAUACGCUGGUCGAAGCCUGUCGAUCGCGAUUUGUACCGCAUACAGAAGCUAAGUAGAGGCAAUGCGAAAUUUAAUAACACUUCUGAUUUGGCUCAAACACUUAUGCUUUACACACAGCAUAUCAGGAAGAAGGAGUAUGCAAAGCAUGUUGACUACAGCCCUAACGUGGAAUCUGGAAUCGGAUCUGCGAAUCACGGAGACAGCCCAUGUGUCUCUCCAUUUGAUGUAAAACCAACAUAUGGCUUAUGCGCUCCACCAAAUGCAUACUCCCCUGUACCAGUGGAACCAUUUAUGUGGCCUCCGACUAAACUAGAGUCAAUAUGUAAAAGAUACAUGUGGGCACCUCCGGUAUACAAAUACCAAAAGUGUUUGGACCAUACUACUGGAUUAGAGCUGUGGAUGUGUUCUGUGGAGCUGCCACAGGUAGGGCCGCCGCUGUUGAGAGUACCUCGGCCCUUGGGACCUCUUUUUAGCAGAACCAGUCACUCCCUUGAGCAAGCUCAUGUCGAGGCAGCGAAUAUCGCUCUGGACUUUUUAAAUGUGCUGAAAUUGGACUUCAUUCAACCCCCAUCGCAGCCAGUGCCGCCAGUAUAUGCUCAAAUACCGUAUGGUAUUGACUACUCACAGAUGUUCCCUCCAAUGCAACCUCUACUACCAUUGAACAUUCAAUCAGUAUGGCCAACCUUUUAAAUUCAAGUAGUAUGUAUGUACUUAUUAGUGUUUUAAUAACUAGAUAUUAAUAGAAUUCUAUUUUUAUAUUGUUGAACAAUAUAACUAGAUUUCCAAAAUUUUACUAGUUUUUUUUUAAACAGAGUAUAAACUUUACUCUAACUUUGUUGACUUUAGAAUCAUUUAUCCUUAUUGGUGACCAAAAAGAUAAGAUUUUUUUAUUCACUUUGUAAUUUAUUUUCUUAUUUUUAUAGUAUUUUAAGAAUUCCAACAAUAGCUAUGAUACAAUAAUUACUUAUUGUGCUAGAGCUAUUGAUUAUUUUUGUUAAAGUUAACCAAUUAAUUUGUUAAAGUUGACUAUUUUAAAGGUACCUUUUUUGUUGACUUUAUGCAGACCUAUGACCAACUAUUAACACAAUUAACUUCAUUGACCAAGUAUAGUAUUUUGUUACAAUAUAUUUUGACCAAAAAUAAAUAAGUUUUGACCAUAGGUGGUAAGGUACUGACAGUUGUUUUGCGUAAAUUUGAUUCUAAACUAAUAAUUUCUAUUUUAAUUUGUAAGUAGUGCAAAUAACUGUAUAAGAAUUUGUAAACUGAUUAGAUGUUUCUAUUUUUAUUAUUUUAAGUAGGUACAUACAAAAAAUGAUUGUACAACAAACUAUACUCAGAGGCACAAUUAUCCACCCACAUUAAUAUGAUGCGAGUAUAUUAAAGUAAGCGCAUAAAUGUGCCUCAAGAGUAUAUAACCUAAUUAGUUAUUCCUGUUUUAAUUUGUAAGUAGAGAAAAUAAUUGUAUUAAGAAUUUUUUGUAUAAGUAAUUGUUUAAGAAUAUUUCGUUGAUUUUAAAACUUAAAAUAGAUGAUUUAUAUUAUCUGGUUGUGUGACUUUGCUCUGCUAUUAGUACAGAGUUAAAAGCACACCUUGUGCUAACUUGUGAAUAUAUUAUGUAUAUUCAGAGAUGAUGCACUUAUAAAGUUUUGGUACAUAUUUACUUUGGUUGUGACAAAUUAUUCAAUAAACAUGUUGAAUUUAUA